CAGAGGGGAUACCGGCUGUUAUCACGCUUUUGAUUCCUAUAUUCAUUAUUUUGAAAAACCUUGAACUACCAUUGAUAAAAUUCUUAUAAGGAAGCCGAACCAGCCGAUCACAGGAUAAUUGUGAUGUAAAUGAGUGAUAUCAAGAUUUGUUCCUCGAUGUUAUAUUGAAUUGCUUGUUAUAUCCGAGUUCACUUUUAUGUUUAUGUUCCUUAUAAAUUAUACAGAUUGUAUGGUCAAGGGACUAAUAGUGCUGGAAUAGUGCGAUAUUAGUCUUGUACACACUGAUGUAUGUUUGUGGGCUGAAACAGAUGUGAAAUAUAUGGAUAUUAGCAACGUCUAUACAGAGUUGUAUCUAUAACACUGGUAUUUUGACAAUGAGUCGCCGAGCGAGUUUGUUCGCAAAACAGAACCCGGAAGAAAAGAAACCAAAAGGUGUCCGCUUUCCAGACGAGCUUGUUUUUCUUGACAACAUAAAAGAAAAUGACGUGCAUGCCCUUGGUUCCAUGCUAAGGAGAGCAAGUCUACAAGUGGAUAUAAGUGCAAUUAACGACGCAGGUCUGACGCCGCUGCACCAGGCGGUUCUGGACGGGAACGAGGCGGCCGUCCGACUGCUCGUGGCUCACGGGGCGACGGUCAACAAACAGGACGAGGAUUCUUGGACGCCGCUGCACGCUGCAUGCGCAGAGGGACACGCAGAUAUAGUCAAGUUUCUACUUGAAAGUGGGGCUGACAAGAAUAUCUUGACAGACGAAGGUGAGCGACCCCUGGAUCUGGUGGAACCGUCUGACCUUCCAACCAUCCGGGUCAUGCUAAGUGACGUGAAACCAAAUACUGAUAACCAAUCAGAAGACGAGUUGGACGAUGACGUCACUGAUAAUGAUGUCACUGGAUGACAUAGUUAUAUGUCUCGCGUUUUGGUGCUAUUGUAAAUAACUGAUCAAUUUGUGAAAACUCAUAAUUCAUAGUGUGUGUUUAUUGUUUCUGAUAUGAAGAACUGGACACUUUUUAUUGUGUAUGACGUCAUCGUAGUCAUAUUCAAAAACUCAUAUUAGGCAGCAAAAUGCCUGCAUCAACAUUGCAGUGUACAUAUUGAUCAGUCAUUUAAAUGCAGUAUUAUAAAGGGGUGUUUUAAAAGUAUAAAUAAACAUUUAAUAAGGCAAUAUUGCAGUAAAAUGCAGUGUACAUAUAAAUCAGGGUAUAAUCCAAGUGUUUAGAAUUGUAGAACAUCAUCUCAGAGUCCUCAUUUUUUUCUAAACACACAAGAUCUGGUCAUUAUGUAGUUUGCAAGUGUGUAUUCAAUUUUGGUCAAUAUAAGCCACAUUUCACUAAACCUUUUGCCAUGUUGGUUAAUACAU